UAAGGGAAAAAUAACUCACAAGAACAAGGACAACUCUACAUAUAUAUUGAAACAACAAAGAUGGUGAGGAAACGUAUAGCAGAAGUGGCAGAAAUUGCAGUUUUGGAGGUGGCUCAAGUAGGUGUAAUAACAGCACCUGCUGCUGAAGCCAUGGCGUCUGCUACUUCCACUUUAGCUAAAAAGAGAAAACUAAACAACGAAGACCUAACACUUUCCUCGUCAUGUAUUGACCUCACGAACCGCAAAAUUACGAUAAGUUCCAAAACGGCGUCGGAAAGCCAGUGUUCGAGUCCUAAUUUGGAUCAUGAUCAUGUUUCAAGUUCGUGUUGCUCAAGUAACGGAUCCAGUGAAGAAGUAAAUGAGAGAACAAAUUUUGCAGAUCUGGAGGAUGAGAGUGUUGAAGUUGAAACAUCGGCGUAUUAUAGCUGCAGAGAAAGGCCAUCUAUCAAUUAUGCACCACUGAAGCUAUACUCUACAUACUAUCUCAGGAGAGAGACGACGCCGUCUAGUGAGGUUGAAGCAGCAUUAUCAGAAGACCUGGAUUCAACGGCGAAGCCUUCUUCAGAGGCAAAUUCUCACCGUAGGUCAACGGUGGAGAAGAUGCCGGCGGAAUCUGAGAUUGAUGAAUUCUUCGCCGAAGCUGAGAAAAAACUCCUAAAACAGUAUUCUGAGAAGUAUAACUUCGACUUUGUGAAGGAGACGCCAACGGAGGGACGUUACGAGUGGGUACGGUUAAAGCCUUGAAGAAAAAAACAAGAAAGAGGCAACGGAAAGGAAGAAAGAUAUUAAUGGCUAGCUUUAGCUUUAUCUUUAUCUCCAUCUCCAUCUCCA